GGGCUCUGACGCAGCUGACGGAGAUUCUGUGAAGGGUCGCCCUCGUUCUCAACGUCUGCCAAGCCUUCGCCUGGCCAACGGCCGCAUCAGUUACGGGACACCAACAGAAGAAGAAAACCCAACGGAGGUUACCAACAGAGCAAGUUCCAACAGCAAUAACGCAACGGGGCCCCCUGGGCAGCAAGGGGGCCCCAUCAACCGCCAGGACUCUAUAAAGAUUUCGGUGGACAAUACACAUACAGGAACAGACUCUCUUGUCACUGCCACCGACGAGGACUUAGUCAACGAUUAUAUUUCACCCGAGAUGAACUUUAAGGAUAGCAAAGGUAGUGGUGGGCCUCCGAAUGCCAAAGGAGGUGCCACUGGUGGAGAAAAUAAUAAAGAUGAAAAAGAUGACGUCAGUCUUUAUGGUACUCCCAAAGAAGAAAUAGGGCCGGGAAUUUCCGAAGCCAAAGCUGGAUUCAUGAGGAACCAGCUUGAAGCUUUAUUCCAGCCUUCAGACAAUAAACUAGCUAUGAAACUGUUCGGAAGCAAAAAAGCUCUUAUGAAAGAAAGAAUUCGGCAAAAAGCCGCAGGACAUUGGAUUAUACAUCCUUGCAGCAAAUUCAGGGAAGAACUUUUGAGAGGAACUGCUUUAUUACGAUCAGAAAUUUCGCGAAAACUCACGCAGCCAGACUUCAGAGAUUAUAUUUUAUCAGGUGCGAAACGUUAGUCUUCAGAGAUUUUAUCCAUUUGUCUGCAGUUUUUUACUUUUUGUUUUCUUUUUGUAUUUGAUAUUCUGUGCAUAUCUUUUCACGAUACAUUGCCUCCUUUUUACUAAAAUGAGAUUACAAAUAGAUACAUUUUCAACAUGUUUUUCUUUUUUCUAUAAUACAAGAUGUCUAGUGAUGUUUAGUGGCCUUAUCCACUUGAUGGUAAUUUGAUAUAAUGUAAAAAUAUAAUAUUUAAUUGAAAAAUAAAACAUAUACUAGCUCACAAAUUUUUUAAUUCAGUCUCUGGUUCUUUAAUGCUUUUCAUUCUAAUAUUUUCUUA